AUGGGCAAUAACCAAGUUUUCGCGGUCACCGUCUUUUUCAUUUGUUUCCGAGAAUGUCUCGAAACGACAGUCGUUGUGUCGGUUCUACUGGCCUUCUUGAAGCAGUCGCUGUACAAUGAUGAUCGCCCGACAUAUAAACGAUUGGUAAAACAAGUCUGGCUGGGAAUCGCUGCAGGCUUAUUGAUCUGUUUAGCGGUGGGCGCGGGUAUGAUCGGUGCUUUCUACACUCUUGGAACAGACACUUUCUCUAGCACCGAGGACAUUUGGGAAGGUGUUCUGGGAAUUAUCGCAUCGAUUAUCAUCACCAUAAUGGGAGCUGCCCUCCUGCGCGUGUCUAAGCUUCAAGAGAAAUGGCGCGUCAAGCUUGCUAAGGCCCUUGAUCAUGAGAAGAACCCUACUGAGACAAAGAAGGGUCGGGUCAAGAGAUGGUUGGAGAAAUACGCCAUGUUCAUUCUCCCAUUCAUCACCGUUCUCCGUGAGGGUCUUGAAUGCGUUGUCUAUGUAGGUGGCGUGGGAUUGGGACUUCCUGCUACUUCUUUCCCAUUGGCUGUCUUCUGUGGUCUUUUGGCUGGUGUUGCAGUGGGCUAUGCUAUCUACCGAGGUGGACGAGAGACCUCAAUGCAGAUAUUCUUGAUUAUCUCUACUUGCUUUCUCUAUCUUGUGGCAGGUGGCCUAUUCUCUCGAGGUGUUUGGUACUUUGAAAACAACGCUUGGAACCAUAUUAUCGGAGGCGACGCGUCCGAGACUGGCUCUGGUGCCGGAUCCUACGAUAUUCGAAAGAGUGUCUGGCAUGUGAACUGCUGCAACCCAGAGAUAGGAGGUGGUGGCGGUUGGGGUAUCUUCAACGCCCUUCUCGGUUGGACCAAUUCAGCCGACUACGGCUCCGUGAUCUCCUACAACCUUUACUGGAUUUGCGUGAUGAUUGGCUACUCGUUGAUGUUCUACCGUGAGAGGCGUGGAGCUAUUCCCGUCAUUGACCCAGCCAUGAACAGCAUCAAACGGAGAAAGGCCAAGGUCAGAGCCUUCAUUUUGCGCCGUCCCUAUGAGGACCCGGUGGCACCGGUGACACCGGUUGAGACAACAGGCCCCGUGCCGGAAAAGCGUGCGGAGGCUGCUCUUAUAGCUCUUUAG